AUGGUCCAUCAGAAAAAAACAAUUGGAGGGAGAGUUUCAAGAUUUUUUUCUGAUUUUUAUUCUGAAGAUUUGUCAAAUCCAUUAGCUUUAAAUGCAGAGUGUGGUCUUUGGAAGAUAUACUGGACUACCACUAAUUAUCCCAUUCCAAACAAUGUGUCUGAUACUAUAAAGUCAACUUCAUUUUUAAAAACUUUUGCCAAUAUUUUUGUUUGUUUGCAGUUAUUAGCAACUUCACCUGUGACAUUGUGUUCUUGUGAAAGAUCUAUUUCAAAUCUUCGCAAAUUAAAAAUCUGGUCAAGAUCAACUAUGUCUGGAGAUCAUUUGAAUGGUUUAGCAUUGAUGUAUACACAUAGAGAUAUAGUUCCAGAUAAUCAAGAAAUUAUCAAAAAUUUAAUGCAAAGAAAUGGUAAUUGCAAGUUAAACCUUUUGUGA